AAAUUAAAAUGUUUAUAAACUUUUAAAAUCUUGAAAUCUUUUGUAAAAUAAAUUAUCAUCGUAGAAAAAGUGUGAAAAUAUUCACUUCAGUGUUUUUGAUUAAAAAUUCAACAAUUCCGUCAUUGUCCCUCUUUCUAUUGUGCCAAAAAGAGACAACCCUAUUUAACUCCACUAAAUAAUGACACCUCGACGAAUAUCCCACAAAAGCAAUUUGAGAAAAAAUAUCCCAAAACAAAAACGCGCGAAAAGGUUUCGUUCAAUGCAACCAUUCUCAUUCGAUGGAAUGCAUUUCAAAAAAAAUAUAAUUUUGGAGGGAAAAUCGUUGAACAGAGUGGACGUGUGACAGAAUAUAGCGCGCGAAAUUUAUUUUUCUAGUUGUGACGAAUCAAAUUUUUUCAAGACAAAUCCAUUUAUUGCAUAAAUUUUCACUUUCAAAUAUUAAAUUAAUAUAAUAACUUAUUACAAUAAUGUCUCAACCAUCGGUAGCAUCGUUUUUCAACACAAGAAAACGAGCCGGAUCAGAAUUACAUUUAUCUAAAACUAGAGAUGCCUCAAGUCAACCAAUUCCAUCGUCAAAGAUCCUCGAAGGUGAUGAUAUAUCCGCCUUGAAAAAUGCUAUCACUACCCGAUCAGGGAGAACCAUCAAACGAAUUGGUGUCAAUGGCCCUGAUACUUUGGCAAAGAUAUCAAAGGUCGAGGCAAGUCUCAAACAACAGAAACUUGUAAAGUUUGUAAAGAAAGGAAACAUGUCUCCAAGGAAAAAACCUCCAACACCUCAGAAGCAUCAGGAUGAAACCACAUCGAUUCAAACUGAUCAAACAUCCGCAGUGGCAUUUGCUGCUAAAGGAAACAUCACAAAUAUAGAGCGUGGCAUGAAAACGCCAGUUAAACAGAUAAUUCAGGAUCCUCAGAGAAAUGAUCCGACACAACUCAAGUCGAUGGUUAAGAAGGAACUUAACUUUGACGAAGUCAAGACAAAAGUAUCACGUCAUGAGAAAUUGCAUGAAUUGAAAGAAUCAUUAAAACGCAUCCAAGAUUUGGAGAAGACCCGUAAAGCCCAGGAGGAGAAGAAUCGACGUCUGCGAGAGCGUGGACCAUCUCUAUCGAAGAACCCCAAUCAAAUUACACUGAAGGAAUUCAAGACAAUCGAAUUGGAAGUACUGACAAGCCCUGCUAAAGGUUUCAAAACCCCUACAAAGGUUGUGCCUCCCACACCAGAUAAAAAUGAGUUAAUGUCACCAAAACACACUCAGGUGUCGAAACGUGUACUCUUCAGUCCGUCAAAAGAUGGAAGUCCAGCUAAGAUGGUGGUUGCGCCAGCAUACCAAAAAUUCAUGCACUUGGUGGAAACAUCGAAAACGGCUUUGCAUCUACCAUUCAAAUAUCGUCAGCUCAUUGAAACAUUCAAAUGUCUGGACUCGGUGUGUGCAAUGUUUUUCAAUCGUAAGGAAGUUAUUACACUAAAGAAACUUAAACCAGCUGUACAACGUAUGCUGCGUAGAAAUUUCACCGAAACUCAUUUAGCUCAAAUCAAGCAUUUGUAUCCGGAGGCGUUUGUUUUCACUCAGAUGAAAAUGCGUAACUACGGAUCGGCUUCAAAACAAGACUACUUCCAAUUAGUAGUUACACCCAAUGUAGAAGGUGUUGCACCCAAUAAAAUGUUACAAAUCGAUGAGGAUAAUGUUCUUCAGUCAGCCCUUUCUAACGCAAUGAAUCCUCAUGUUAUGACAGAACGCCUUCAAAAAUUCCAAAGAAUCCUACUAGAACGCACUAAGAACGAGCAUGAGAAAUUCUUGCGAAAUCUAGAUCCACCAAUUGUUUUGGACAAACAAAAGCUAACACGUUGGCAUCCAUCUUUCGAUCUAGAAGAAUGUCCUGACAUUGAGUUGGGUAGCUUGCCGCAGCCGCCAAAUGUUGAAAAAUAUUCCUCGGCCAAGGAUAUUCUUUCGACUGCAAGAAAUCUAUUCAACUGUGCCACUCCACUGGAACGUGCUAUGGAACGGUUUGAUUCAAAAACCACAGAGGAAAAGAAUGAACUAAUGCAACCAACUAACCGCCCACAACCAUCAGAAACUGAGAUAGCUGCUAACAAAGAAGUAGAAAAUUUACUGAAAGGAGUACCUAAAUCGUUACUGGAAAAAAUACGAGCCAAACAGGCAGCCAAAGCUCUAGAUGCAAUGACACGUAGACCCUCACAGGAUGAAGAAGCAACAAUGUAUAGUCGACUGCCGGAACUUGCUCGCCACCUUCGUAACGUUUUCAUCACAGAAAAGAAAGGAGUUCUAACACUGGAGAUAGUCAUCAAAAAAAUACAAAACAGUUUCCGGACAUCGCUAACCUGCAAAGACGUCGAAAACCACCUGAAACUAAUAACAAAAGUAUGCCCACAAUGGGUCGCAUUUCAUGAAGUACGAAAAACAAUGUACUUGAAAAUUUCAAAGGAUAUGGACAUGGGAAAAGUCAUCGAGAAGCUGGAAUCAGUCGCCAAUGAGAAGACUAAGUGAUGCAUCAUUUAAAUCUGUCCUACAGAGGCUUAGUUUAUUAAGUUUUUUUAGAAAGUUAUUAUUAAAACAGUUUUUUUUGUUUUCUAUGCUAAUUUGUUUAAUGUCUUUCAAUCAUUUAGAAUACAAUUAAUUUAUACUCUCAUUUGCAUUUUCUUUUUAUAUAUUAUAUUUCAAAAUCGUUCAUUUUUCCUCAUUGUUGUCUUAUAAAAUGUGUUAAAUUCUAAGUUCUUGAUGUUAAAUUAGUUCAGUUUGACUUAUAAAUAAAUUGACUUUAACUAAAUUUAAUAUUGAAAUUUUUGUUUGUAUGUAGUAUAAGCUUACAUUUUAUAUUCUUUUGAAAAAAUAAACAUUGGACCCUA